CUUGGUCGCCAUUAUUUUCGCUCUGUGGAUACAAUCUAUGAAUAUAUUUUACUCGUGGGGCGAUUUUAGCGCUUGUCUCUUCUUUAUCUCCAAUAUUCUAUCGUCAAUUAUGCCCUUAUUGAAGAUAAUCAUUCUAUUUAGUCACAGAGAGGAUUUUUUCCGUUUGAUCCUGUACAUGAAAAGGAAUUUUCUGGAAUUACAAAAUUACGACGACUACGAGAGGAAGAUCGUGAUCAGUUGCAAGCGGAAAUGCACCUUCUUCAUUUGUUUCUUUACGUUUCUUACAAUGGCGACUGUUGCUUCUUACAUAUUCAGUCCAAUUAUCGAAAAUAUUGGAAAAAACGAAUCAGACAGAAUGCUUCCAUUCAACAUGUGGGUUAACUUACCACUAAAUAUAACUCCAUAUUUUGAAAUUACGUACGCUUUACAGGCAUUAUCCUUAUAUCACAUUGGGGUGAGUUACUUCUGUUUCGACAAUUUUUUGUGCAUUAUGAAUUUACACGUGGCUGGACAAUUUCAAGUGUUGCAACAUAGAAUUUCCAACAUAAUAGAUUCGAUCGAUAAUGAGAAAGAAGAGAAAAGGGAGAAAUUAAUUGUGGACUCGUCCUACUUUGCAAAGCAAGUUUUGAUGUUCAGCUUACUAAUUUGCCUCGAUGGAUAUCAAAUACUUAUGGCAGAUGGAGAUAUCAAAACACGUUUAAUCUUCAGCUUCCAUAUAUUAGGAUCUCUAUGCCAAUUACUGAUGUUCAGCUACAGCUGUGACUGUAUCAUACGAAAAAGUGUGAAUAUAGCAACAGCAGCAUACGGUGGACCCUGGCCGUUGUUAUCAAUGACCACGAGUGGAAGGAUGAUACGAAAAGAUUUGAUUCUAGUCAUCAUGAGAUCCAGCAUACCUUGUUGCUUAACUGGAAAAGGAUUCUUCAUUGUGUCUCUCGAAACGUAUACCAGUGUUCUAAGUACAGCAGCAUCAUAUUUCACGUUGUUGAAACAGCGCACAGAAGUCACUUCGUAAUACGUGUCAUUUGUAUUGCGUAAUAUAAAUAGUAUAACGUAGUGUAGAUAGUAUUUCUAUCUUAAUUUAAUUCUUUCUGUUUCUGUGAUUAAUACAAAGAGAGAAAUAGUUUUUUAGUAAUAUAUAUAUAUAUAUAUUUGUUAUCGACACACCAUUCAUUUUUGAAAAAUAUA